GGGGUGGUGGGGGUUGCACUGCGGUAAUAUGGCUCUUCCUUAGCCAGCGGCGGUGGCGGCUGGAGGUUGAGGAGAGCGGUUCUGCCUCUCGUGUGGCGGGUUUCUGGGCUGCAGGGGCUCGGCGGGUCGAGGCUAGGCGGUGGUGGCGGAUGCCGGAGGAACGCGGGCCCCGCCGCUUGGCGGCCCCUGGGUUAAGAUGAGCGCCUCAGCGUCGGUCGGGGGCCCGGUCCCCCCGCCGCCCCCGGGCCCGGCCUCGUCGCUGCCACCUGGUUCUGCCGCGCGGGCCCUGCAUGUAGAGCUGCCCUCUCAACAGCGACGUCUUAGACACCUUCGGAACAUUGCUGCCCGGAACAUUGUUAAUAGAAAUGGCCAUCAGCUCCUUGAUACCUACUUCACGCUUCACUUGUGUAAUACUGAAAAGAUAUAUAAAGAAUUUUAUAGAAGUGAAGUGAUUAAGAAUUCCUUGAAUCCAACGUGGCGGAGUCUUGAUUUUGGAAUAAUGCCAGACCGUCUUGAUACAUCUGUGUCUUGUUUUGUGGUGAAGAUAUGGGGUGGAAAGGAGAACAUCUACCAGCUUUUGAUUGAAUGGAAAGUCUGUUUGGAUGGGCUGAAAUACUUGGGUCAGCAGAUUCAUGCCCGCAACCAAAAUGAAAUAAUUUUUGGGCUGAAUGAUGGCUACUAUGGUGCUCCAUUUGAACAUAAGGGUUAUUCAAAUGCUCAGAAGAAUAUUCUUCUUCAGGUGGAUCAGAACUGUGUUCGCAAUUCUUAUGAUGUCUUCUCUUUGCUGCGGCUUCAUAGAGCCCAGUGUGCAAUUAAACAGACUCAGGUAACUGUUCAGAAAAUUGGAAAGGAAAUUGAAGAAAAGCUAAGGCUCACAUCUACAAGCAAUGAACUGAGAAAACAAAGUGAGUGCUUGCAAUUAAAAAUUUUGGUGCUUCGAAAUGAACUGGAAAGACAGAAGAAAGCUUUGGGACGGGAGGUGGCGUUACUGCAUAAGCACCAAAUUGCGUUACAGGACAAAGGGAGUGCAUUUUCAACUGAGCACCUUAAGCUUCAACUCCAGAAGGAAUCCCUGAAUGAAUUGAGGAAGGAGUGUACUGCGAAAAGAGAACUCUUUCUGAAGACUAAUGCUCAGUUGACAAUUCGUUGCAGGCAAUUACUAUCUGAGCUUUCCUACAUUUACCCUAUUGAUUUGAAUGAGCAUAAGGAUUACUUUGUAUGUGGUGUCAAGUUGCCCAAUUCUGAGGACUUCCAAGCAAAAGAUGAUGGAAGCAUUGCUGUUGCCCUUGGUUACACAGCACAUUUGGUCUCCAUGAUUUCCUUUUUCUUACAAGUGCCGCUAAGAUAUCCUAUAAUUCAUAAGGGAUCUAGAUCAACAAUCAAAGAUAAUAUCAAUGAUAAGCUGACUGAAAAGGAGAGAGAGUUUCCAUUAUAUCCAAAAGGAGGGGAGAAGUUACAAUUCGAUUAUGGUGUCUAUCUUCUGAACAAAAAUAUAGCACAGCUAAGAUAUCAACAUGGACUAGGGACUCCAGACUUGAGGCAAACCCUCCCUAACCUGAAAAACUUCAUGGAACAUGGACUAAUGGUCAGGUGCGACAGACAUCACACCUCCAGUGCAAUCCCUGUUCCAAAGAGACAAAGCUCCAUAUUUGGAGGCGCAGAUGUAGGAUUCUCUGGGGGGAUCCCAUCCCCAGACAAAGGACACCGAAAACGGGCCAGCUCAGAGAAUGAGAGACUCCAGUACAAAACCCCUCCCCCCAGUUACAACUCAGCGCUCGCCCAGCCUGUUCCCGCCAUCCCUUCCAUAGGAGAGUCCGAGAGAAAGACAACAUCUCUGUCCUCCUCCCUGGAUACCUCCUUGGACUUCUCCAAAGAAAACAAGAAAAAAGGAGUUGCUUUGGGUGACAGAUUAAACGGAGGUCAUGCGAGUGUAAACACUAGCCAGGAACAAGAAGAAGCCCUCUCCGGGCAUGCAGCCACCGUCAAUGGCACUCUGCUGCCCAGCGAGCAGGCUGGCUCCCCCGGCAUCCACCUCCCGGGGGACUUCCGCCCAGUCUCAGAGCCCGAGCUCUGCUGUACUGUGGAGCAAGCAGAAGAGAUCAUCGGCAUGGAAGCCACAGGUUUCACCUCAGGCGAUCAGCUGGAAGCCUUUAACUGCAUCCCAGUGGAUAGUGCCGUGGCAGUGGAGUGUGACGAGCAAGUUCUGGGAGAAUUUGAAGAGUUCUCCCGAAGGAUCUAUGCACUGAAUGAAAACGUGUCCAGCUUCCGCCGGCCACGCAGGAGUUCUGAUAAGUGAAGUGAGCAGACAGCCAGUAGGACCAGGACAGAGGUGCUGCCUAAAAGGAUAAAGCUGCACUGGUUACCCCUUGUAAUAAUUAUGACACAAAAUGAAUAUUAAUUAAUGGAGGAUAUUCCUCAAAAAACAGACUUUGUAAAUCAAGGAGGGACUCAGGAUCAUGUGUAUCAGUGGGCCAAACAAAGUUAGAUUUUGCUUGCAAGAUUUGCUUUUCAGGCCUGACGAUCGUUUUAAGGCAAAAGUCACUCUCUAGCUCGAGUCACCGUAUAGGUAUCUGUCUGCUUUUUAAUUUACACUUCUGUGCUAUCCUUGGAGGGGAGAUGAUAAUAUAUAAAUAAUAUAAUAAACUCACUUUUAGUUUCUCAUAAGCAUUUGCCCUCACCAUAGUGUAUAAAGCUUGGGAAAACCAAAUAAUCCAAAAAAGGUUUUCACCAUUUACUGAAAGACCUUUGACCAUCCAUGAGUUUGAUGAAUAAGAAGCACAAUGGUCUCCUUACACCCAGGCCUCCCUGCCCCCGCCCCCCGUCACCCCAUCUGCUGCCCCAUCUUCACAGUGGAUGGGUUGUGCACCCUGAAAACUGAGGACAUCAGAUCCACUGGUUCUUGAAUGCAGAAGCCAACACCUUCCACCUCCUCACCUCAGCCAUACCUUGGUAUAACCCUGAAAUCAGAGGAAAAACCUCGCCUCUGUGGUAGAUCCCAGGGGACGCUCAAGGACACCCCACCCCCCCGCAAGGUUACAACAGUCAGAUGGCAUCCAGUCCCCUUUGGGAGCCAGAGUUUCUAUGUGGGCAGAUGCUAUAGUCCAAAACCAGGCAUGCUCUCUGGCAAUGCACUCACCAGACAGAAAUCCCUAUAUGUAAAUUCCAUGCUGAUGUAUUAAAUUCCAGCUGGAAAGGAAGGUGCUGGGUAGGAUGUAGGAUCUGGAGAGAGUGAGGCUGUCUGAUGUGCAGACCACAAGGCAGUUGGGCUAACUGGAUGAAGAGGCGUAGAUGAGGCGUAGAUACCAUUGGUGUAUGUGCAGGUGCAUUCGUAGUAAAUCAUGUUCUCGAAGUCCGGUUUCAUUCCUGGAGCUCAGAUCUCAUUUGCUUUGCUCUAUACUCUAUAUACCCAAGGACAUUGCCUCAGGGUUGCAAGCUUUUUAAGGAAAAUGUAUGCAUAUAUCCAUGUAUUGUAUAGAAGAAUAAAAACUGAAGUUGCUUC